GCGGGCACCUGGGAAGCCGGCCCGGGAGCCCGGCAGUGCGCCUUCCGCGGGGCCCUACGAACGGCCCCCAGCUCCUCCCGUCCCCGCGUUCAUGCACCCAAUUUAAGGAGCUCGGAUACUUCCUUUGACGCACGGACCUAAAUACUAAACAUUGUCUUCUGGAUGCUUCUUUAUAAUUGUUAGUGGCACAGAACAGCGUUAGCACACACCGGUUUUUAUGAACAUUUCAUUGAAGUGUUGUUGCAAGUGCAGCCCUCGACCGCUGGGUGGUUUUCCAGUGAACUCGCUCACGCGGCUGCCGUUUGCAGGGAGGCGAGUUUACUGGGUCCGCUCUCUGCUCACCGGCCGGCGGGCGAGGACGGGCGUCCCAGAGGGUGCCUUUGUUUUGUGAAGGCGAGGACCCCGCGGAAAGGAGUCCAUCCUCAGGUUUCAUGUUGCCAGGGCGGGGAAGCCUGGUUUCUGCCACCUCGGCACAGAUGGCAUCGCUUGCCAGCGGGCUUAGCUGCAUGCAGUGUAGGUGAUCGGAAGCCAUGAUGCCUGGGAGGCUGUUCUCCACAGGAUCGCGGAGCGCGUUGGAGGGCCUGGGGCACUGGGCCCUGGGCCGGCUCCUGCAGUGCACUGCCCCCCGGCUGCUCUCGCUCAGCUGUGCGGACUGUGCCAAGGAACCCUCCAGAAAGAAACUGCUCUCCGAGAAAAAACUGAAAAGGCAUUUUGUGGACCAUCGCCGGGUGCUUGUCCGAGGGGGACGCGGAGGCGACGGCAUGAGCUGCUUCCACAGUGAGCCCCGGAAGGAGUUUGGGGGUCCCGAUGGUGGCGACGGAGGCAACGGUGGCCACAUCAUCCUGAGAGUCGACCGACAACUCAAGUCACUGUCCUCGGUCCUGUCCCAGUACCAGGGCUUUGAUGGAGAAGACGGUGGCAGGAAAAACUGCUUCGGGCGAAGUGGCGCUCUCCUCUAUGUCCGGGUCCCCAUGGGCACUUUAGUAAAGGAGGGAAACAAAGUUGUGGCUGACCUCUCACACCCCGGGGAUGAGUAUGUGGCAGCUCUGGGCGGGGCAGGAGGAAAGGGCAACCGCUUUUUCCUGGCCAACGAUAACCGCGCGCCCGUCACCUGCACCUCCGGGGAGCCUGGGCAGGAGCGGGAACUCUUCCUGGAGCUCAAGACCAUGGCCCACGCUGGCAUGGUCGGAUUCCCCAACGCAGGCAAGUCCUCGCUUCUCCGGGCCAUUUCAAAUGCAAAGCCCGCCGUGGCUGCCUACCCGUUCACGACCUUGAAUCCCCACGUGGGCAUUGUGCACUAUGAGGACCACCAGCAAGUAGCAGUGGCCGACGUGCCGGGCAUCAUCCGAGGCGCGCACCAGAACCGAGGCCUGGGGUUGGCCUUCCUCAGGCACAUCGAGCGCUGCGGCUUCCUCCUGUUCGUGGUGGACCUGGCAGCGCCAGAGCCCUGGACCCAAGUCGAGGACCUGAAGUACGAGCUGGAGAAGUACAAGCAAGGCCUGUCUGAGCGGCCCCAUGUCGUCGUCGCCAAUAAGAUUGACCUCCCUCAGGCGCGAGCCAACCUGCCCACGCUGCAGGCCCACCUGGGCGAGAAGGCCAUCGCCCUGUCGGCGGUCACGGGUGAGAACCUGGAGGAGCUGCUGCUGCGCAUCAAGGAGCUGCAUGAUGAGCACACGGCCGCCAACCUGGCGCAGGGCCACCAGCCGCUCAGGUGGUAGCAUUGGCUCUUUGCGGUAGGAGCUACAGGUGGCACCUUCCCACUCAGCUCAGGCCACCUCUAAGGCCCCGGCAGCCUGCUCCCGGUGCUUCCUGCACCCUCAGCCUGCUCUCUGGCACCCUGAGAGGGGCUUGUCCCGGAGCUAGCCCCUGAGUAGUAGGAACCAUGCUGCCCUGUGUGCAGGGAGCCAGCACAGCCGGAUCCGAGCCAGAGGCACCGUCCGGUUCCUAAGUGCCAGCCCACACGUGAGCAGCUGUCACGCUGGACCUGAGAGUCCUUGGCUGUCCCCACACCCUGCAGAGCGGCCGGGGACAGGCGCCAUGCUCUGCUCGGACGCCGCCAUCUGAGCACUGAGGCGCCUCCCCUGUUGUCCUCAGACUGCACCAAGCUCUGGGAGCUGAACAUGGCAUUGACUUCACGACUGAAUGCACCCAAUAUCCGGCCGGAGACGCAGCUUCUAAUGCUCAUCUGUGCAGAGAGUUAUUAGCUGAUGAUGGCCGGGCUCCGAGAGGACAUGGGCUGGGUCCCCCCUGCGCUGUCCCUGCAGGGAUCAGAGAGACUGCUGGGCCUGCACCUACCACCAGCCUAUUGUCAGCGCAGAGAACCCCGGAGGCCAGGCCAGCUAGUCCAUGGAGCGUCUGUCUCUGCCGAGUGGUGGCAGCUGAGAGGCUGGAUGCUCCAUAAGCCACCCUGCCCACUGGCGCAGGGGGCCGGUGAGGGUGGCGCACUGCUGCCCACUCGCUCAUCCACUAGCGCACUCUGCAGCCACUGUUUCCCCAAAUAAAAUCUAAUGCUUCUGACCUGUC